GUGAAACUGAACAGCAAAAUACAACCGGUCAAUGGCUGCUCGGUUUCAGCAUUUGGUGCACGUUGAACGUUAAGCACACAACUAAAAUCGUUACAAUUGAGAAAAUUGCUUUAUUAAUUGUAUUCUAAUAAACUGGUAAAAAUGGUUGAGUCAAAUCACAAUGAAGAGGAGCCAAUGGUUACCCAGAAAUCGUCAGGUAAAAUUGCCAGUGACGAACUUUCUAAUAAGCGAAAUAGAGAAGAAACAUCUGACUCUGAAAAUAACUUACCAUUGAAAAAAGCUGGCAUUAACAAAGUAUCACAGGAAAAAGAAAUAAGUCCAAUAAAAAUAAAAAAAGUUAUCUCCAGUUCUGAUUCAAAUAAUAGUGUAGAAGAAUUAGACAAUGAUCAGAAUAAAAAUAUAAACAAUCAAUCAAAAUCUAAUAAUAUACUAGAUGAGAAAGUUAAUGAAUGUACAGAAACAGAUUAUAAAGAUACAACAAAAUCAACUACUACUAAAGAAAGUGAGACUGAAAGAUAUCGAAACUACGAUAUUCAAGAAAAUGAACAAAAUAGUAUGAAAGUAUCAGAAGAAGAAACUAAUAAACAUAAUUUAUCUUUGGAAAAAGAAAAAGAGAAAAUGGAUCAAUCAAUGGAAGAUGAUGAGUCUGAAAAAGAAAUGAAAAAGACAAAAAGUAAGAAAAAAAAUGAAGAGUCUGAAAUAAUUAACGGAGUAGAACUUACUGUAGAAUGUGCAAGUGAUGAAAAUUCUAGUGAAGAAAGUGUGAAAGAGGAAAGUUUCAAGCCCAGACCUAAGACUGAAAUCAUAAGAGAAGAGCCAAAUGACUCUGAAGUUGAUGCUAGCUCUUCUGAAGCAGAGAAGUCAGAUUCUUAUAAAAUAAUAGAAGCUAAAUCAAAAAGCAAUAGUGAAACAACUUUUAUGCAACAGGUUCAAAAAAGAGAUAAAAAAAAGUCUUUACUCAUUAAAACAGCAGCUUCUGUGUUGGAAUCUAACACAGAUGAUGAAGAUUACAGCCCUGUUUUGAAAAAAAAGUUAAAAAAGUGUCCAAGCUCUAAAAAGACAACAGAAGCAAAAAGAGGGCGUGGUCGUCCACGUGGUAGACCUCCUAAAAAUUCUAUAAAUUUAACAAAACAUAUAUCAGAAGUUAAACCUGAGAAAAAGAGAGAGACUAGUAGCGACAAGACUAAGAAACAAAACGAUAGCAAAUCUACAGAGGCAAAGGAUUCAGAUAAAGCUGAUUCAAAAACUGAAGAUUCUGUAGAUGAAGAAUCUGACAAAAAAAAUAAUGAUGAAAGUGAUGAGAGUGAAGAUGUUAAAAAGGGAAAAAGAAGGAAGCCUAGUAAGCGUAAUAUUCAAAAAAUAGAAAAGCUAAAAAAGUAUAUUCGAGCAGCAGGAAUCAAAGUUCAAUGUUAUACAAUGUUAUUAAAAGGUUGUGACACUGAUGCUGCUAAAGCAAAACGUCUUACUGUAUUUUUACAUGAGCAUGGUGUUGUUGGAAGACCAACUUUAGAAAAAUGCAAUAAAAUCAGAAUAAAGAAUGAAACUUUGAAAGAAAUUCAAGAAUUGAAUACCAAUAUUAUCUCUGAAACUCGUUCCACUCGAGGUAAAAUUGCAAGAAAGUCUCGAAUUGAAAAAAAAGUAAUCUCAAAAACACCUUCUACUCCUAACAAAAAGGCUUCUGAAACUUAUAAAGUUAUUGUUGACAGUGAUUCUGAGUAAUGGAAUGUAGUUACCUAAAAAAUGUACAUUAUUCAAAGUUAACUUAUACAGAAAAUGUUUUUACAAUUACAAUUUUCAUAUUUAUUUAAUUUAGUUAAUAGUUCCAAAAUAGAUAUUGAUAGCUGUAUUUAUGUAUUAUUUAUAUUUUGACAAUCUUUUGAUUUAUUAAAAAGUCUAAAUUAAUAAUAAAUACUUUUGAAAAAUCUGAAAUAUGAAAGAAAUUUUCUACUGAGUAUUUUAUUAUAAAAUAAUUAAAAAUUGAUUAACAGACAUUGUGUUAUGAAACAUCAUAAAUCAUAAUGAAAAAUCGAAUA